AUGCUACAGACAGGGAGAAGUGGCCUUGAGCUUGUCCUGCUGCUUGUUGGGCUUGUCGGCGUGUCCUCACAUGAAGUGGUUGACAUGUGCGGCCAGCUCAGGGAUGGAUUGGGUGCUGUCGCCUGUGCUGACGUGCUGCAGUGGGGUGCCAAAGGCUUCCGUCUGACCGGGACCUUGACUGAGCCCUUGAGGUAUGCGGGCCUGGGCUUUGAUGACAACAUUGCGGGAGGAGCUACGCCUGGAGCCAUGAACGUCUGCAUGCUGGCUGCGUUUGGCAAUGGCGGGGUUAUCCCCGAAAGCUGCGUGCCGACAACGGGAACGGCGGCCGACGAGUGGAACGGGCGCCCGGAGAUACACUAUUUUGGCAUGCUCGGCUUCGACUGCGGCUUCAAUUUUCGAGCCUUUGCGGCCGGAGAAAGCAUCAACUGGGACUUUCCAACGGGGAACACCUGCGUUGGAGACGUGGAUCUUGAUGUGGGGCUGACUUCGCUGACUUGCAUGUUCGACAUGGCUUGCGAACUUGGGACCACGACGAACCACGACUUCCGCCACGACUUCCCGAACCGUGUCCUCCUCCACAGCCUCUACAUCCACCUCAGCAACGGCAAGGUGGACCACCAGCACCAGAACCUGGACACAAACAACCCUCACAGCGACAUCCUCUACGUCAUCCAUCACCGCGACUCGCACAUCUCAGACCCCUACCUCCUCAACGGCGACCUUCUCACCGACUCCCACACUGACGGCCACAACUUCAGCAACCUGGACCUCCACAAUCACAGCAACUGCGACUGCAACGAAACGGAGCUUUGCUUGGAGGUUCCCCUGGUGCAAAAUAGUGCCGACUUGACGUACUGCUGGGGCUUGCCGCAUGGCUCGGCGUGCGAUGUGCGAUGUGCGGACGGCUACGCGCGGGACGCGAAUGCUAGCCUCGCUGUUUGCCAGGAUGGAGUCUGGCAGAUCCAAGGCGAAUGCCUCCGGGAGGGCUUGGAGGUGGUCCAGAGCGCCGCAGUGCAGGUGCUGCUACAGGUGUCCCUGGACUUGCCAAAAGCAAGCAACUACAGCACCAGCCUCCGCUGGGCCCAGACGCACGAGGAUGCGCUGUACUGGGCCUUUGCCAGGACGCUCGCGGUGCAUCCCUCUGAGCUGCGUCUGGAGCUCCAGCCGGCGGCCCUCCCGGGUUCGCGCGCGGCUGCGGUCCUCCGUGGUGGCCUUUGCCGUACGCCUGACCGCGCUCGUUGA